CUUUCAUUCGUUUUCUCCGGCGACAAGGGUUUUGUUAGGUUCGGAAAUAUAACCUUCAACGUUCAUAUCGUCGACGGUUUUCCACGGUCAAAGUCAUAACGGUCUUCAGAGCCGUUACCCGCCAUUCUCGGGUGCCAGCUGUCUCGGCCCCCGCUUAUUUCACUCGGGCUUAUAUAUUUCUCCCGCACUCACACUCUCUUCUUCGGCACAUUCUCACAUUAGAAUCAGAGCGCUCCAUCAACGCCCUCUUCCCUUCCGACUGUUCGUUGCCCAAACCGAACGCUAGAUCGUUACAAGGCUCCAUCAGCGGCCUCUUCCCUUUUUGAGUGUUCGUUGCCCAAACCAAACGCUAGAUUGUUACCAGGCAAUCGGAGGAAGAGAGAGCAGAAUUGAAAGAAGUUUCUCGCCUCGUCUCGGUGAUGAAAAAUAGAGGAAUUACAUUUUUGGCAGUUGUGGUCCUAAUAAGGGAGGUAGCUGAAAAUUUGAUUCUCAUGCAUGAGGAGUGUGUGGAUGGUAACUUUAGCUCUAUCGAAAUGUUGAGCCAAUCUUCUCUUCCACGAGUUGCUCGUUCUCAUGUUAGUCAGUUGCACUUUUUCAGGAACUACUGGCGUCUCCAAAGGAGAUUGAACCUUUUGGUAUCCAUCAUGCAUCUCAAAUGGCUGCUCUGGACUGCAUUGUAUCUGUUGAAGGCGAUGGUAUUUAUAUCCUCAUAUACUGGAAACAUGGCUACAACAGUUGAAGGUCACCGCCGUUUCCUUGGAAAUAGGAGGACAAUACCACCAGACAGGCAAGAGAUCUGCAAGGAAGAAGAAGAAGCUUUCUAUGUUAAUCCUUUGCCCAAUUGUUUAUGUCAGAGAGAACAAUCAAACUCACAAACCACAAUUGAAUAUUAAUGGACUUAUUAGAAACUUAACAAAGUUUA